AUGGGGAACGCGAAGAGCUGUGUCCUUUCUAAGGAGGUUCUGGAGGAACUGAAGCUAAACACCAGGUACACAGAGGAGCAGCUGUUCUCCUGGUAUCAGACGUUUCUGCGUGACUGCCCCUCGGGCCGCAUCAGCCGCCAGAAGUUUGAAAGCAUCUAUGCCAGCUUCUUCCCUGAUGCUGACCCCAAGGCCUACGCGCAGCACGUGUUCCGGAGCUUCGACCAGAACAGUGACGGCACACUGGACUUCAAGGAGUACAUCGUGGCGCUGCACAUGACCUCGUCAGGCAAGACCGCCGAGAAGCUGGAGUGGGCCUUCGCUCUAUACGACCUGGACCGCAACGGGAGCAUUACCAAGAACGAAAUCCUGGAGAUCGUCAGGUCAAUAUUCAAUAUGAUCUCCCAAGAAGACCAGAUUACCCUGCCUGAGGAUGAAAAUACCCCCGAGAAAAGAGCAGACAAAAUCUGGGACUUCUUUGGAAAGCAGGAAAAUGAUGAGAUAACGGAGGGGGAGUUCAUCCAGGGUGUGAUGAACAACAAGGACAUCCUGAGGCUGAUCCAGUUUGACGAGCCACAGAAGGUUCAGGACCGGCUGAAAGAGAAGCAGCAAUAGAUUUCAGUUGAAGGAGGUAGGUCUGCACACUUAGCCUUGCGACGCCAUCCUCUGGAUUUUGGCUCCGCACAUCGUCUGGCAAAAGCCUCAAGCUCGGUUCCCUCAGUGUUUCGCCAAUCAGCAAACAGUUGAGAGUGGUGACUUAGAACUCACCCGUGAGCUCCGUUACUGAUUGGUUAAGGUAACUAUAUUCACACUUUCGUUUUGUUAUUUGUAUGCUUUUGCGACGCUAUAACGUAACAGGCAUGCUAAUAAAGCUCAAUAUGGGUUUUAAUUUCGGUUCUCUCAGUGUUUCGCCAAUCAGCAAACAGUUGAGAGUGGUGACGUAGAACUCACCCGCGAGCUCUGUUACUGAUUGGUUAAGGUAACUAUAUUCACACUUUCGUUU